GUGCUCUCUUUUUUCCCUCCGGUUCGGCAGAUGCUAACGGAGCUACUUAAGAAGGAACCCCAUUCCGUUUGUAGAGUAAAAACAUUGAAAACCUUAAUCUUCUGCUUCGUUUAAAAAAAAGAAGAAGAUCGAAACCAGAGUUGCCUUAUUGUUCGCCACUGUUGGACUCUGGAGCAGUGGAAACAUGUCCUCCGGAGAAAUAAAUCACGCUUCUCCAUCUGGCCGUCUGACAGACACAUCUGGAUGUCUUCAAAGUACUGUACAGAAACCCAGCCUCAAACCCCAAACAAUGCCCCUCACCGUGCACAAAGCCAGGAUGAGGAAGAGGAUCAGAGAGCAUGACGCCGGGUCACCUGACUCUGACCAGCCAACCAAGAUGUUCUCCAGGUCUGAGGUCCAGGGUCUGCUCCAGCAGGAAGUGCAUAGUGCCAUGAAACAGUCUGAAUCCAAGAUGGAGUCGCUACUAGAGAGAGUUCAGCUACUGGAAUGUGAACCUAAAUACGACCUGGUCAUACGCAGACUGGAGGCUCACAUUAAGAAGGUGAAGAGGAGGGGGGAUGUUGCCAUCUCUUACGUCAGGAUGCUACGAGCUCCUGGAGUUAAACACAAUCAGAGGACGCUGGGUUCUGGUCUUGUGGACCUGACUGAGACUGAUGCUGAGAGAGGACUGAGUACUGUGGACAUCAGCAGGUCAGAUUCUGAUGAGGACGAUCAGCUGAGAAGCAGAGGAAGAGGGAAGGUUGUAGAUGGUUUCUGGCAGAAAAUGGUAACACACAAGGAGCGAGGCGUCUGUUACAGAUACACGGAGACCAGACCUAGCAGUUACAGGUACAGACCCACGGCCCCGGCUCUGGUCAUCCACUGGAGGGUCACUAGUUACAGGUACAGACACACGGGCGCCCGGCUGGACAGUUACAGGCCCCUGGCCCUGCCCAUGGCUGUCACGGUAACCAAGUACCAAUCGGGUACCACCUACGUCAUCGUGGUGGGCAAGGACCGGUAUGGUCGCUACGGACCGUACAGCGACGUACAGACUGUCCUCCUGGCAUAG